UUAAAUAUCAUUUGCAGUACGAUGGACUCUCCACAUAAAAGCAAGUACAUGAUUUGGGCUAGCACCACCGUCCUCUGAGCGAGAGAUUAGAUGCGGGUGGCGGGCGUUGCGAAGGGUAUGAAUUGGCGCGACUUACAAGACUCAAGUGCUGCGAAGCCUCGUAGGCUUUACAAGACAUCCACGACUUGGAGCAGAUCCCACACACCCAAUCCAAAAGCCACUGCACUGAGUGCGAUCCUCACACGGUUCAGCUUCUCCCACUUGUUGAUCAAGGCGAGGGUCUGCUCCUCCCUAGGACCCUUCAUGAGCUGCGCUCCUGCAUUCUCCUUUUGCGAAGUCUUGAGCGUCUUGGACGUCUUUGCCAUUGCAAAGGCGCUCCAGACGUGGAUCAUCGCCAUGGAGCCCGAGGCGAUGAGAAGGUUCAAAGGGGAGAAGCGGGUGGAGAAGGCGGCAAAGCCGUACGCUAGCAUGGCGCCGAAGGAAAUCGGAAGCCACCGCUUGGCCGAGACGGUGUACUGCGCAUUCCAGAGAUUGAGACGCUCGAGGGUAUUCAAAGAGCCCUUUUGGAACGCAGGCUGCACUGCUGUAGAGGCUGAGAAGGUCGAGACUGUAGUUGUAGGCACAGGGAGGACACGAACAGGGCCCCGGAGAGCUGGGAAGUCAGCAGAGCAGGCCACACGCCGCUCCCGCAAUGGAACACAGGGCAUACCCACCGAGGAGGUAGCCAGAAGAGAGGAUCCCCACCGCGCGAGUCGCUAGAUCGAUGUCAGAAUGACUCAUUUUCGAAGAGGAAGAGCAGACGAUUGUUGGGACAAAAGGUACACAAUUGUAUGGAUGGUUGGGGGCGGAAGAGAUACGGCGGAAAGGGCAGGUGCGGGAAUCACGGAAAAUCAUGACGCACCUCCACUGGGUAUUUUUGGAAUCGGGAAGCGAGGCAGCUCUAAUCUAAAUCUGGUGACGACGGGGUCUGACGCCGCCAGCGCAGCGACGCGAGAUUGUGAGAGACUCAACGCUAAUCACUUGGUAUGCUUGCUUGUGUGUCGUGUGUGGUGACCGUCAAAAGUAACGGUGGGCUCUGUCUUGCACGUGAAGGCGCAGUCAAAUGUAGUAGCCUUUGGUUGCGCCCUUCGCAAGCCUGCAGAAGGUAGAAGAGUGAGCUGAGCAGAGGUCGAAAUGUACGCUGUGACCAGGUUC